CUAGAAGUUCUAGAUGAGACAUGUUUUAUAUUUCAGGCUGAUAAUUAAUAUUCAUAAUGUUCUAUGUCAUUAACCAUCAAAUCAUCUACCCACACACACACACAAACACAUUAACACACACAGUCUCUCUCUCUCACACACACACACACACUCUCUCGCUCUGAUCCUCCCCUGUGAUCGAUCCUCCUCAGUGUUCCUGGUCUCUGAUCAGUUCCCGGCUCUUCUCAUCGAUCCUCUUCUCCUGUCGGUGCCUCUGGUUCCGUCUGGUUCCGUUUGUCGAUGUCGGUCUGGUUCCGUCUGGUUCCUUCUGGUUCCGGUCGCUUGUCCCCUAACUUUUCGGUCUCUUGUUAGCCGUGUUAGCAUCUUCUGGGUCUCGUUGCUCUGCUGUUAGCUUCUUCUUCCGGAUCUUUUCCAGCACAGAGUCUCUUUGUUUCAAACCGAACCCGCCUCGCUGCUGUCCGGCGGACCGAACACUUAGCUUAGCUUUAGUUAGCCGGUUCGGUUUCGUUAUAGCAGGGUAAGCUAAAAGCUAACUAGAUAGCUGUUAGCUUAGAGUUAGCAGCUAGCAGUUAGCCUCGGUCCUCCUCGGUCCUCCUCAUGCCGGCGAUGCUGGAGAGAAACCCGGAGGCUCCGGGGAAGAGGAGAGGCAGAGGCCCGGCGGGCGGUGCCGGAGGCGUCGGACCCGGAGCGGUGUCGAACCACGGGGGGAAGACUCUGUCCGGUAAUGGAACCAGCACCAACAACAGCUGCUGGGAAGAAGGAAGCUCGGGAGGCUCCAGCAGCGACGAGGAGCAUGGUGGAGGAGGGAUGCGAGUCGGAACGCAGUACCAGGCCGUGGUUCCAGAUUUUGACACGGGUAAGAGUCUAAAGCACCAGGAGUGGUAGCCUCGAACAACACCAGCACUGAUGCUGCUCAGCAGAACCUCUCAAACUGGUUCCAGCUGUGUUAGUACUCAAGUCCUACUGGUUCUGAUUGUACUGGAUCUCAGUGGGUCCAGUUCUGAACUCGAGGGACUAAACAGGAGCAGCUUCUAGCUCUACAACAGAUCACUUCUAGUUUGUUUUACAGCUUCUGACCAGACUGGUUUUACUUUCAUACUGGG